GCUGCGAUCAAAUGAAACGUGAACUAUUAUCUGCCAAGUGCGCCGCCCAAAGGACUGAAUGCCAACAAUUAGAAAUAGAUGUAUUGCGCAACGAGUUGCGAAGAAGGGAUGCAGCAUUAAAUGCUUACGACUGUCAAUACCAGCAGCUAAUGAAUGUCAUAUGCGAACUCAAUCAACGAUAUGGUAAUCAGCGUGGUGAGUGUCCGAGUAUUGAUCCGUGUCCUCUAUCAGAGAGUCCAGCUUCGCGACCUCCAGAUGUAGGAGAAGAUCUGGCCUUUUAUACGGGCGCUACUCUUGACCAUAUUAUGAAUGAACUGUGUAAGCAGGCUGAUUGCUUUAAGGACAUGAACCAUAAAAGGAGUUCUGGUGAUCCAGUUAUUAACUCGUUAGAUGAUUGCAACAAAGAAUUAGAACGAUUAAGGGACAUGCUUAAACAAAAAGACAGUCAACUGGGUAAUCUUAUUGAAGAAAAUGGGUGCCUUUGCGAAGCUGUCGAUAAGGAAAAAAAAGAGUUAUCUAACUCUAUAGACAGCUGCAAUAAAGAGCUUAAAAGAAUGACAGAUCUUCUAAAAAAGAAAGAUGGCCAGCUCGGCGAACUAAUAGACGAAAAUGAUUGCCUAUGUGAAGCUGCGGAGCUAAGCAAAAAAAAAUUAGAUGACUUGGAUUACCAAGUUCAGAAACUUGAUGAAGAUACCAGAUAUAUGGAGCAAGGUAUUGUAGAAAGUAUAGGGCUUAUUCAGGAUAUCGGGGAUGUUGCUCAAGAAAACGAAAGAUUAAAGGGACAAAUGAGUAACCUUAAGGAUAGUGAAGCUAGACAAUUGCUGGACGAUUUAUCGAGACAACUUCAGGAUUGCCAAGAAAAAUCGCGAUUGCUGCAGGAUAUAAAUAAAGCUCUGGGCGAUACUCUAAGGGAAUUAGGUAUAAAUCCAGAGGAUAUAGAAAGAAAAUUCAUGAUUCAAAAAGAACAGGAACCUAUGGAAUCCGUAGGCAAAGGAUUUACAGGAACAGGAAUUGGUUCGUGGGACGCUGAUUCUGCAUUUGGGCAAGAAGCACUCCCUCAAUCUGGAAGAGAAGGAGGACCAGAGCUUGGUAAAGCUGAGCUUGGCGAUAAGUCGCGAGUAGGACCAGAUACAUUAACUGGCCCCGAUACAGCGAAAGGAAGAAGUCCUGGUGAAGGCCAAGAACCUGGUAGUGAAGCAGGUCAAAUUGGCCGCGGAGAGAAAAGUGCAGCCUCUGGUGACGGUCCAGGUACGGGUCAAUCAACAAGUCCUAUACCAGGUAAAUUAUACAAUUAAU